ACAGCCACGAAGUCUCCUGCACGGGCUCGCGAAUAGUUCCACGCCUACCGUGAGCCCCGCGACCGUGCCGUGCGCGAACGCAACCCCCCCGAAUUCAGAUACGGUAGUCGUUAAGGGAAACAAGGCAUGAUGCCGGCUGUCCGUGGAGAUGGUAUGCGUGGACUGGCGGUGUUCAUUUCAGAUAUCAGAAAUUGCAAAAGUAAAGAAGCGGAAAUUAAGAGGAUUAACAAGGAACUAGCAAAUAUCCGCAGUAAAUUUAAAGGAGAUAAAACGCUCGACGGGUAUCAGAAAAAGAAAUAUGUGUGCAAGUUGCUGUUCAUUUUCCUUCUUGGCCACGAUAUUGACUUCGGGCACAUGGAGGCUGUUAACUUGCUCUCAUCGAACAAAUAUUCGGAAAAACAAAUUGGUUAUCUUUUCAUCUCGGUGUUGGUAAACACCAACAGCGAUCUAAUUAAACUGAUCAUACAGAGUAUAAAAAAUGAUCUUGGAUCGCGCAAUCCGGUUCAUGUCAACUUGGCCUUGCAAUGCAUCGCCAAUAUCGGUAGCAAGGAAAUGGCCGAAGCCUUCGGUAACGAAAUUCCAAAAUUACUUGUCUCAGGAGAUACCAUAGAUGUUGUAAAACAGAGUGCCGCGCUAUGUCUGUUGCGGUUACUGCGAACCGCUCCCGAUGUUGUACCCGGUGGCGAGUGGACGUCGCGCAUAGUUCAUCUGUUGAACGAUCAACAUCUGGGUGUUGUGACGGCCGCGGCGUCACUCAUAGACGCUCUCGUGAAGAGAAAUCCCGACGAAUACAAGGGCUGCGUCAGUCUUGCAGUUUCGAGAUUAAGUAGAAUCGUCACGUCGAGUUAUACAGAUCUGCAGGAUUACACGUAUUACUUCGUGCCCGCGCCGUGGUUAUCCGUCAAGUUGCUGCGUUUGCUGCAGAACUACACACCACCAGCUGAGGAUCCGGGUGUAAGGGGCCGUUUAAACGAGUGUCUAGAAACUAUAUUGAACAAAGCUCAAGAACCACCAAAGUCGAAGAAAGUUCAGCAUUCGAAUGCGAAGAAUGCUGUGCUCUUUGAAGCCAUUAGUUUAAUUAUUCAUAACGAUAGCGAGCCAAAUCUUCUGGUGCGAGCGUGCAAUCAGCUCGGCCAAUUCUUGUCGAAUCGCGAGACCAAUUUGCGAUACCUGGCACUCGAGUCGAUGUGCCACUUGGCCACUUCGGAGUUCUCGCACGAGGCCGUGAAGAAACAUCAAGAAGUAGUAAUACUGUCGAUGAAGAUGGAAAAGGACGUGUCCGUGAGACAGCAAGCGGUAGAUCUCCUGUACGCCAUGUGCGAUAAGACCAACGCCGAGGAAAUAGUUCAGGAAAUGCUCAACUAUCUGGAAACUGCGGAUUACUCGAUCAGAGAAGAGAUGGUUCUCAAAGUAGCUAUUCUGGCUGAGAAAUACGCAACUGAUUACACUUGGUACGUGGACGUUAUUCUGAACUUAAUCAGGAUAGCGGGCGAUUACGUUUCCGAAGAGGUUUGGUAUCGAGUCAUUCAAAUUGUCAUCAAUCGGGACGACGUUCAAGGUUACGCCGCGAAAACCGUCUUUGAGGCGUUACAAGCGCCUGCUUGUCACGAAAACAUGGUUAAAGUCGGUGGUUACAUACUUGGCGAGUUCGGUAACUUGAUCGCUGGCGAUCAACGAUCGUCCCCAGCUGUCCAGUUUCAACUACUACAUUCCAAAUAUCAUUUAUGCUCUCCCAUGACACGGGCGUUGCUGCUCUCGACUUACAUAAAGUUCGUCAAUCUGUUCCCGGAGAUUCGUAGUCAAAUACAAGACGUCUUCAGGCAGCACAACAAUCUACGCAGUGCAGACGCCGAGCUGCAGCAGAGAGCGUCGGAAUAUCUACAAUUGAGCAUUAUUGCCUCAACUGAUGUUUUGGCGACUGUGUUGGAAGAAAUGCCGGCGUUCCCCGAGCGAGAAUCGUCCAUUCUCGCGGUUCUCAAAAAGAAAAAACCCGGUCGCGUGCCGGAAAACGAAAUCAGAGAAAGCAAGAGCCCGGCGCCAAACGCGGCGAAUCAUCACGCUGAUGGUCCCGCCACCGUCACAUCCGUUACGGUUAAUAACACUUCCGCCGAUCUGCUGGGACUGUCGACUCCACCUUCCUCACAACCAUCCAGCAACACGGGUGUGCUGCUCGAUGUAUUGGGUGAUAUUUACAACAUGCCAAACAAAGUCGGUGCUACCAACGGUACUCAAAACACAUACAAUCCCAAAAAAUUCGUCUGUAAGAACAACGGUGUACUGUUCGAGAACGAUCUGAUACAAAUCGGCGUGAAAUCGGAGUUCAGACAGAAUCUUGGACGCGUGGGUCUUUUCUACGGGAACAAGACGCAAUACGCGCUGCACAGUUUUCAACCGCAGCUGUCUUGGUCCGACGAGAAUCAAGCGAAAUUAGCCGUACAAGUGAAACCUGUUGAUCCCGUAUUGGAAGCCGGUGCUCAGAUCCAGCAAAUGAUCAACGCGGAAUGUAUCGAUGACUACAACGAUUCGCCGAGUAUGCUUAUCUCCUUUAUUUACAACAAUGUGCCACAGAAAAUAACCAUGAAGUUACCAUUAACAAUCAACAAGUUCUUCGAGCCGACGGAGAUGAACGGGGAAUCGUUCUUCGCGAGAUGGAAAAAUCUCGGCGGGGCGAAUCAACAACGUUCGCAGAAAAUUUUCAAAGCGCAACAACCAAUGGACCUGGCACAGGUGCGCACGAAAUUACAGGGAUUCGGAAUGCAAUUGCUCGACGGCAUUGACCCGAAUCCGGAUAACUUCGUAUGCGCCGGUAUUGUUCAUAUGAGGGCGCAGCAAGUGGGUUGCCUGUUGCGCCUCGAACCUAACAAACAAGCCCAGAUGUUCCGUUUGACAGUACGAUCGAGCAAAGAGUCGAUGUCGGUAGAGAUCUGUGACCUGCUGGUGGACCAAUUUUAAACGGCCUAGCAGGUGUAAACCAUUGUCGUAAAAUUAGCACCGCGCCGUGAGAAGACAUAUCGUCAUCGAAAACAAAAAACAAAAAAAAAAAGAUUGAAAGAAUGUCAUCUCGCGUCAAAAAGAUACUGAUUUGUUAAGAGAUAUAUUUGCGUUGUACCCAAGCUUACGCUCGUAAUCCUGUAUUGAGAUCUUUGUGUAGGUGAUUUUCGAAUGAAUUGUACAUCGGUUUUUUUUUAUUUUUUUUAUUUUUUUUUUUAUUGAAACAUCAUUGAUUCCAAGUAUCAAGUUCCGGAACUAUCAGGGAAAAAAAAAAAAACAAGAUAUCCAUGUAUAAAGCUCCGGCUAUCAUGCACAGUAUUAUCUCACGAUCGAAUAUAUAUAAGAUGUAAAUCUGCAUCUUUAUUGUACGUUACAAUUCACAGUCCACGAAGUCAGAGAAAAGAAAGAGAGGGAAGAUGUUGGUUACGUGUUAUUAGAACCGAGAGACUUGUAGAGACAAGUUUUCCUCUUACGUAUCGUUACGAUUUAUCACAGCGUGAUUCGUUUCAUCGACGUUCUCCAAUUACGCAGUGUCAUUUCCGAUUAAAAUUCAAACAAAAAUAUGUUUGAUUUUUAAUUUGAUUUUUCGAGUUACUUCUUCUCUCCGCGAUGCUGAAUAAAAUAAAAGUUUAUUUAUUACAAUCUGUGGGAUCACAGUAUCAAAAUUAAAAUGCUGAUUUAUCGCGUAUAAGCUGGUCUUUAGAUUGUGAGAGAUUCUCUUUCAUGCUCGAACAUAUUGAAAUAUCGAGAAAAAAAUCCACUUUGUGUAUAGAUCGUAACAUCGCUGAGUCACUGUCAGAUAACAGAGUAGAACAUGUUUUUAUGCAUGUUAAAUUUAUCUCUUUUUUUUCUUGUUUUUUUCUUUUUUUUUUUUAUUACAUCAUGUCGCACCUACACGUGAGUGUUUCGUUCGGAUAAACGAAUUGUUCUCAUAAUUUGCUCAUUAGAUCAUCACGUGGAUGAGAGUAGAUUUGGGCACAAUGGCAGUAGUUGUAUAAUAUUAGCUGUUUAUCAGAUAUAUCCCUAUAUAUAUUUAACGGAGCUGCGAAUUUAUUAUUUGUGUAAUUAGUAGUUUUAUAUUUAAUUGUCCUAUCUUGAUC